AUGGGUACAAUGAGUGAUAACGUGCCUCAUGAUGAUAGCCAAGACUAUGAAUCAGAUUCAGAAAAUUCCGAAAUGUCACAAUUUGAUCCCUACGUUAAAUUUUACCAAUCUGUUCAAGAUGCAAGAGGAAGUCCCUUUGAGCUACCAAGUACUGUAUCUCUACUUGAAUGUCCCAACGGCACAAAAGUGUAUUUGAUAGGCACAGCACACUUUAGUAAAGAAAGUAUCGAAGAUGUAAAAUUUGUGAUUUCGAAAACUCUCCCGGAUGUGCUUGUCGUCGAGUUAUGUGAUGCAAGACGAAGCGCUGCAUUUAUGACCGAAGAACAAAUUGAAAGGUCUGUGAAAGAGAAUUCAUUGGCCACUAUGAUCAAAAGUAUGGGUGUAACUAAUGGAGUAGCUGAGUAUCUCCUACUUCGGGCCUCCAGUUACAUUAUGAAACAGGUUGGAAUGGCACCAGGUGGAGAAUUCCGGGCUGCAGUUCAAUGUGUUUUCCGCCAGCCUCAUUUUCAUUUACUCCUUGGUGAUCGACCAAUUCAUGCCACCUUACAAAGAACAUUGGACGCAUUGAGCAUUUGGAUGAAAAUCAAGUUUUUCUUCAGCCUACUCUUUGGAUUUUCUGAGAUUACUCCCGAGGAUAUUGAAGCCAUGAAGAAGGAGGAUUUGCUUGAGCAAUUACUCAAAUCCCUUACCAGUGAAUACCCAGAUUUGACUCGCACUUUACUUGAAGAACGUGAUCUCUACUUGGCUCGCAGCAUCUGGGAAGUUUGUGGCCUUUCUCCUUUGGAGGAAGAAGUCAAAGAGAAUUCUACUCAACUGACACAAGACAUGGCAGAAGUGGAAGAAGGUGAGAAGACGUCAGAAGUGCGUCAGAGAAAUAAAGCAGAGAAGAAUGGAGAGGUGGCGACAGGUAGUGAAGUAGAGAGGGAGGUCGCCCAAUCUAUGCAUGCCCGAAAGUACAUCCACUCAUCGGUGAUGAGAGAGAGGUGCUGUCCAAUGUGGCCACCUAUGAAUAUCCUGCCUCGUGUGGUUGUUGCCGUUGUUGGUAUGGGACAUGUGGCCGGUAUAAAGAAGGCCUGGUUGAAGGCUCCAGUAAAGCCAAAGACUCGUUCCUGGUUUCUCUUCCGAUGGACAACUCGAGGUCUUCUCCUUGGAUCUCUGAGUUUUGCAGCCUACUAUAUCGCCUACGGCACUUACAGGUUGAGUCGAUAUCUCGCUCUUGGCUCGUCGUAA